AAAGACUCCAGAAACUAGAAGGAACUUUUGAGAAACCUUUGCUUUCCCAGUGGCAGAUAGAUGGUUUGUCCAAGGGCUGGUGCGCACCAUGGAGAGCCUGGCCGAUCUGCACGGCGGGAGUCAUGAACCGGCGGUGGCGGCGGGCAUGGCGUCCAUUCUAGAGAGCGGCGACUAUCCUCAUCCUCAUCCCCAUCAUCCUCAUCCUCAUCAUCCUCAUCAUCCUCACCAUCCUCACCAUCCUCACCAUCCGCACACCCAUCCGCAUUCUCAUCAGCACCGGCCGCCGGAACACGGGCUGGCGAGCCACCUGCAUGCCGCCAUGAGCGGCGCCAUGGCUUGCGAAGCCGCCCCCGGUAUGAGCAUGAGCAUGAGCAGCACCUACACCACGCUCACGCCACUGCAGCCCCUACCACCCAUCUCAACCGUGUCGGACAAGUUCCCUCAUCAUCCACACGCUCACCCCGCUCCUCCUCAUCAUCACCAAAGACUCGGCGGGAACGUGAGCGGGAGCUUUACGGUGAACAACCUCUACGCGCCCUAUUACAAGGACGUAGCGAGCAUGGGCAUCCACGGCUCGCAGCAUGCCCAGCACCCUCCGCCGCCGCCUCCGCCGCCUUACGCCCACGACAAGAUGCUCGCACCCGGUGGAGGCGGCUUUGAGUCGCACCACUCGGUGAUGCACGGAAGCACCGUCUCCUCGUCGUCCUCUUCUUCAUCCUCCUCGUCCCCCGCCACCGGCAUGAUGGUCCAAAUCAACGGCAUCCACCAUCACCACCACCAUCAUCAUCACCCGCAUCACCCGCACCAUCCGCACAUGAGCGUACAACACCACCAUCAGCACCGGGACAGGGACCGGGAGCACGCAGCGCCCGUGGAGGAGGUAAACACCAAAGAGGUGGCGCAGCGGAUCACCACCGAGCUCAAGCGCUACAGCAUCCCGCAGGCAAUCUUCGCACAGCGAGUGUUGUGCCGCUCGCAGGGGACUCUCUCCGACCUGCUGCGCAACCCCAAACCCUGGAGCAAGCUCAAGUCCGGCCGGGAGACCUUCCGCCGCAUGUGGAAGUGGCUGCAGGAGCCCGAGUUCCAGAGGAUGUCCGCGCUGCGCCUCGCCGCGUGCAAAAGGAAGGAGCUGGAACACAGCAAAAACGAGCAUGGCAACGCCUCCAAGAAACCGCGGCUGGUUUUUACCGACGUCCAGCGCCGGACUUUACACGCAAUAUUCAAGGAGAACAAGCGCCCGUCCAAAGAGUUACAGAUCACCAUCGCGCAGCAGCUGGGCCUGGAGCUGACCACGGUCAGCAACUUCUUCAUGAACGCGCGACGCCGGAGCCUCGACAAGUGGCUGGACGACGGGAGUAACAACCCGGCCAACUCCGCGUCCUCCGGCGCCUGUACCAAAGCGUAACGGCUGCAGACUGAGAAG